UGGCACUGUACCUCGCCCACUGCUGCCCCACCUCGGCCGUUGAUUGGACGACCAGCGGCUUUGCUUAGGCCGCCCGUCAUCUGGAACCGUCCAUCCACCAGCUGGCCGGCUUGGUGGGUUAAUUUCUCCAGGCACCCUUUUCCAUCGCUGGCUCGCCAUUCUUCUUCAUCUCCCGUUUCUCGAUACCCGGUGCUUUUUAGUCUUUCCUUUUCGUCUGCGGCAUCGUCUCGAGCGUUACAUCUCCACCGAGCAGCUUCAUACCACCCACCCUCCGCUCUGGACCGCGACUCGUUGCGUUGCGAUUCUGUGCCCCCGCCGCACAGCGACCGAGCCGACACAAACAAACAAGAUGGGCGAGUCCAGGCAGGAGCUCGUGCAAUGGCUGAACAGCCUCCUCCAGCUCAACAUCACCAAGGUUGAGCAGUGCGGCACUGGAGCCGCUCUGUGCCAGGUGUUUGACAGCAUCUACAUGGACGUUCCCAUGUCCAAGGUCAAGUUCAACGCCAGCGGAGAGUGGGCAUACGUGCAGAACUUCAAGGUGCUCCAGAACAUCUUCUCCAAGCACCAGAUCGAAAAGCCCAUUCCCGUCGAAGCCCUCAUCAAGUGCAAGAUGCAGGACAACCUCGAAUUUCUCCAGUGGACCAAAAAGUUCUGGGACCUCAACUUCCCCGACCACGACUACGACGCCGUCGCCCGCAGAAAAGGUGGCGCUCUCCCCAGCUCUGGCAAAGCGCCCAUCACGACUGGUGGCGCGCGGAGGGGAGGCACCACGCCCUCGACGGGAGCCCCCCGCCUCGCCAAGGCCGCCGGCCCCGGUACCGCGGCCUUGCAACAGGAGAAUGCAGCGCUCAAGGAGACGGUCUCUGGGCUCGAACGGGAGCGCGACUUCUACUUCAGCAAGCUGCGCGAUAUUGAACUACUGAUUCAGGAGGCUGUCGAGGAGGACCCGGAGCUCGGGAAGGAUGGCACCCUCAUUUCGCAGAUUCAGGCCGUCCUCUACUCGACCGAGGAGGGCUUCGAGAUCCCCGCCGAGGAGGGUGCUCUCGACGACCAGGAGACCUUUUAGACGGCAGCGCAAUCGGUGUGAUAGGGCAGAACGCGGGCGGCUGGGCGUUUAGAGCACAUGAAAAAGGGUCUGGCUGGGAAGGGCUGGCAAGCCGGGCAUCGCCAGUCGAGUGUAUAAGGCGUAAUGAGCCGUGAGUGCGGCGCGGGUAUUGACUUGGUCGGGACACUCCGCAGCCUGGGGGCGGUCUAGAGCAUGUUGGACAGUUAGUUAGGGGGCUCCUCAGCCAAUGCAACAGUUUGAG